GGGCGGGGGGCGCGCGCGGCGCUGGUGGCGCUGCCCGCCCGCGCCGUCCGUGCUCGGAGCGCGGCGGCGGCGGCAGCAGCGGGAGCCCCCGGCGAUGCCCGCGCCGCUCCCGCCGCUGGCCGCCCCCUGAAGACACCCCUCUCUAUUUGCCCCCCUUCUCCAGCGACCUCCGGCUCUUUUCCCCCCUUUUCCCCUUCCCCCCCUCCCCUUUAUUCCCUCCCCCCCCACGCCUCUUUAUCCUCCUUGCUUGCGACCCUCCGCACCCGCCCGGCUGCCGUGUGGAUGCGGGCCGGGGUGCCUGGCUGCGCGGGCGGCGAGAGCCGAUGCUGAGGGGCCGGAGGAGGAUGGAGUGCACCCUCGAUGCGCAGAGUUUGAUCAGUAUUUCCCUGCGGAAGAUCCACAGCUCCCGCACGCAGCGAGGCGGCAUCAAGCUCCACAAGAACCUGCUCGUCUCCUAUGUGCUCCGCAACGCCCGGCAGCUCUACCUGAGCGAGCGCUACGCCGAGCUCUACCGCCGCCAGCAGCACUACCCCGACGGCGCCCCGCUCCUCGCCAUGCCCGCCUGCCCGCCGCCCGCCGCCGCCGCCCCGCCGGAGCUGGCGGCGCUCCCGCUGCCCGCCGAUACGCAGGACCGCGAGGCGCGGAGCUGCGGGGCCGCGCGGGGCGGCGCGGAGCUGCUGGAGGUGCCGGUGUGCGCCGUGCCCCCGGAGAUGCAGCGAGCGCCCUGCAGAGACUCGUCCCCGGGCUUCUACCGGGCCGCCGGCAGCGCCGGUCCCGGCGGCGGGGGCGGCGCGGCCCCGGGGCUGCUCUACGCCGCCGGCUGUGACUUCGGGAGCGGCGGGGCCCCGCACUGUAGCAGCCGCACCACGGUGCUGGAUUUGGACACUCACGUCGUGACCACGGUGGAGAACGGGUACUUGCACCAGGACUGCUGCUCGCAGUGCCCCUGCUGCUGCCAGCCGGCAGCGGGGCUCGCCUCCCCGCCGCCCGCGCCCGGCACCAAGCGCAAGUAUUACCCGGGGCAGGAGGAGGAAGAGGAGGGGGUGGAGGAAGGGGAGCCGGGGGGAGGCGGGGUGGCGGGCGGCCCCCCCUUCGCCCCGUGCACCAAACGCGCCCGCUUCGAGGAGUACAGCGCCGAGCACCCCCAGGACUCUUCCAACAUCUCCAACUUGAUCUCCAUCUUCGGCUCCGGUUUCACGGGGCUGGUGAGCCGGCAGCAGGCGGACUCGGAGCAGCCCCUCAACGGGCAGCUGUGCAGCAAGCAGGCGCUGGCGAGCCUGGGAGCCUGGACUCGGGCCAUCGUCGCGUUUUAGAGAGAAGUGGGGGAGCAGGAGGGGUGUGGGGGGGCUGUUGACAAAACGGGGGUGCGAUCCGAGGGACGGCGGCUCCGGAGGGGGGACCCUGAAACAAAGGCAGGGAGGGGGGCUGGGGCGAGGGGAGGGGGGUGCCGAGGGGUGCGCAGGGGAGGCGGGGGGGCAGAGCCGCGCUAGUGUUUUAUAAAUUGUACAAUAAAGAGAAAAAAAAUCUAAGAUCUUGGGACUUUAUUUUUGCAGAGAUGAGAGAGAAAAAAAAAAACAACAACAAAAACAAGCAAACAAACGAAAACAAAACAAACAACAACAACAAAAAAAAAAAAAAAACAAAACAA